AUGUCUGAAUUAGACGAAUUAGAUGUCAAGUUAGUCAACCAGGAUGAAUUGGAAACGUCUAUAACCAAUAAGGCAAACAAAGUUUUGCUACUGAAGGAUGCAGAAUUAGAUGAAAAGAGGUUAUCAAAGGCGAUAAAAGAUUUGGAGUCAACGCAAAGGCAAAUUGCAAGUCUAUCUGCAAAACUAACACACCCUAGAACCAAAAUAAGUGAAAGGAAACGAUUAAAAGACGAAAUUCGCUGGUUUGAAGAGAAUGAAUUGAUUCCUCGACAACAAGACGUGGACGAUAUUAGAAGUAGAUUGAGAGAGAACCAGACUCAAUUGAAAAAGGGUGCGCCACCGCCAACCCAAUCAACUAGCAGACUACCCGAUGAAACAGAACGGGACUAUUUGAUUCGAACAGGGAAAAUCACAGCCUUUGGUAAUGAGAAUGCAUUUCAACUGGAACAGGAACAGACUCAUGAAGAACAAAGCCAUGUGUUCUUGAGAGAGCCAGGUCUUGACAACGAGAUAAACGAUGAGGACUACGCGUAUCAGUCGGACUCGGAGGUUAAUGACAACAACAAUGACGACGCCAAUGAAAAUGCAGUCGAGGAUAGAGAGGAAACAAAUGAAGAGCCAGAACUGCUCCUCCAUAAUUUAGAUGACGGAGAUGAAUCAUUAUACCAGCAAAGAUUACAAACGUGGGUACGCAAAAGAGCAUCACUCAGAACCCAGCCCCAUCCAGAGGGAAUUGAAGAAUGGUUUCUUCCACAUCCAAAGAUAGCCGACGCUAAGCUAAAUGAUAAAUUCAAACUACCUGGCGAUAUCUAUCCUUCCUUGUUUGAUUAUCAGAAAACUUGUGUUCAAUGGCUAUGGGAAUUAUACACCCAAAAGACUGGUGGGAUAAUUGGUGACGAGAUGGGGCUUGGGAAAACCAUUCAAAUUAUAUCGUUCCUUGCGGGCUUGCAUUAUUCGGGUUUGCUAGAUAAGCCUGUUCUAAUUGUUGUUCCAGCGACCGUAUUGAACCAAUGGGUUAACGAGUUUCAUCGAUGGUGGCCCCCAUUGAGGUGUAUUAUUUUGCAUAGCAUUGGGUCAGGAAUGAGUGGUGCUGUAUCGGAAUCAAAAUUAGAAGAAUACUUGGAGUCGACCGACCCAGAUUCAACGCAAUCCUCCCUUCACGGGAUCAAGAGCCAAAUUAAUGCCCAAGAGAUUAUUGAUAGAGUUAUGGAAAAAGGUCAUGUGUUAGUGACUACUUAUGUUGGGUUAAGAAUAUACUCGAAACAUAUCCUACCACGAGAAUGGGGCUAUGUGGUAUUAGAUGAAGGACACAAAAUAAGAAACCCGGAUCUGGAUAUUUCCCUUACUUGCAAAAAGAUCAAAACUGUCAAUAGGAUCAUAUUAUCUGGUACCCCUAUUCAAAACAACUUGAUUGAAUUAUGGUCACUAUUUGAUUUUGUUUUCCCCGGUAGAUUGGGGACUUUGCCUGUGUUUCAACAGCAGUUUUCGAUCCCUAUAAACAUUGGGGGCUAUGCCAACUCAAACAACUUGCAAGUGAAAACGGCGUACAAAUGUGCUGUGGUGCUACGUGAUUUGAUAUCCCCAUAUAUGCUUCGACGAUUGAAAAGCGAUGUUGCGCAAGACUUGCCCAAGAAAAAUGAAAUGGUCUUAUUUGUCAAAUUAACCAAAAUCCAACAGGAAUUGUACGAGAGCUUUCUCCAAAGCGAAGAUUUAGAAUCUAUUUUAAAGGGCAAAAGAAACGUUUUAAUGGGGGUGGAUAUACUUCGCAAAAUAUGCAAUCACCCAGACUUGGUAUAUCGAGAUACAUUAAUGAAGAAGAAAAACUACGGCGACCCCGCGAAAUCAGGCAAAAUGCAAGUAUUGAAGAACUUGUUACGGCUUUGGCAACAUGAGAAUCAUAAAACAUUACUUUUCUGUCAAACUCGACAAAUGUUGGAUAUACUAGAAAAGUUUGUUGCCAAUUUGUCUUUGAUUAAUGGUGGUGAUUUCAAGUACUUGCGAAUGGAUGGCAGUACACCGAUUUCCAAGCGUCAAAUGUUAGUUGAUGCAUUCAAUCAGGAUCCAGAUAUGCAUGUGUUUUUGUUGACAACAAAAGUGGGAGGGUUAGGAGUUAAUUUGACGGGGGCUGACAGGGUGAUUAUUUAUGAUCCCGACUGGAACCCUUCUACCGAUAUCCAAGCAAGAGAGAGGGCAUGGAGAUUGGGCCAGAAACGAGACAUAACAAUUUACAGGUUAAUGACUACAGGGUCUAUUGAAGAGAAAAUUUACCACCGGCAAAUAUUUAAGACGUUUUUGACCAACAAGAUUUUAAAGGAUCCUAAACAGCGACGGUUUUUCAAAGCCAAUGAUUUGCAUGAUUUGUUUACAUUGGGGGACCAGGAUGAGGAAGGCACCGAGACAGCACAUUUGUUUGAAGGUGGAGAGCAAUCACAGCAAAAAUAUUCUGGGACAAAGCCUCGGAAGUCCAAAGGGUUGUUUAAGAAAAAAUACAAGGACGACGAUGAUUUUUCACAGGUUGCCAAUAUAUCUGGAGUUUCAAAAUUGGACAAGUUUGAAGAUGGUGAGCAAAAUGGGGAAACCAGAGACAGCACAUACCUGGCAAAUGAAGAUAAUCGUAUCAUGUCGAGUAUUUUUGCCCAGAGUGGAGUCCAUAGUACAUUGCAGCAUGACGAUAUCAUCAGUGGAUCGAAUGAGAAUGAAUCUAGUCUUGUUGAAAAAGAAGCAGAUAAACUUGCCACUGCUGCUGCGGAAGCAUUAAAGAGAUCUCGAAUGCAAACAAGAAAAAAUGUAAUAGGUACGCCGACAUGGACGGGGAAAUUUGGAAGUGCUGGCAAGUUUGGGCUGAAAAAGAGAAAGUUGACAAACUCGUCAAGUACCAUUUUACAAAAUUUGAGGCAAAAGAAUGAAUUAGCAGGAGCCGACAAGCCAGAUGAUAUUAAAGUAGAACCAGAUCGAAAACAAAUAAUGGAAAGUUUAGUGGAUUAUUUGGGUGACCAAAUGGACAACUUCAGUACUUCUAAUGAUAUUAUUAAGAAUGUCAAGUUAUCCAUGAGUACUGAAAAUGAAAUGAUUAUGAUUAGGUCUAUGUUGAGAGAAAUUGCGAAUUGGGAUUCAUCAAGAAAGGGCUGGAAAUUGAAGAAUGAGUUUAUAAAGCAACAAGAAUGA